AACUUAAUACUCAAUCGAGUCGUCACUCUCAUUAACCACGCAUUCCAAAAUGUUGUCACUCAUUGUCUCCUCCCUAAUUGCCCUGGCGCAGGCUGCUCCCCACCAGCCCGUUCAGCCGCAGAAAGCUGCUGCUCUUCCUGCCAAUCUGGUGCGAGAUUUGGCUACCGCUGUCGCCUUCCGUAAGACGGUUACUGGACCCCAGGAGAUCCUCGCCAACUGGACGGGCUCCGAUGUUUGCCAAUGGGAAGGAUUUACCUGCGCCCAAAAUCCCGACACUGGUGUUCUUACCCUUGCUUCCAUCGACUUCAACGACUUGCACUUGACCGGCAACAUCAAGCUGAACCACUUCGUCGAGAACUUUCCGGACCUUGCCCUUAUCCAUGUCAACAACAACAGCUUCAGCGGCUCUGUCCCCAAUCUUAAGAACUUCAAAUACCUAUAUGAAGUCGACAUCAGUGAGAACAAAUUUAGCGGCUCGUUCCCUCUGAACGUACUCAGCAACAGUGGUCUCUUUUACCUCGACAUCGGCAACAACCAGUUCAACGGCCCUCUCCCCUCAAACCUCAUGUCUUCCCUACCCAACCUCGAGGUCCUCUUUGUCCGCGUGAACCGCUUCAACGGCGUCAUCCCCGACAUUCUGACAAAAGCUAUGUCGCUCCAGGGACUCAGCUUCGCCACCAACAACCUCACUGGCACCAUCCCCGUAGGCUUCGGCCUCCUGCCUAACCUCACCGCCGUCGAUUUCUCGUACAACUCCCUCACGGGCACCGUUCCCGAGGACCUUUGCGCGAGCAAGUCGAUCCAGUACAUCUCGGUCGCUGGCAACAAGCUCGACCCCAACCUGGGUCCUGAGUGCCAAAAGGCAAAGGCAAAGGGUAUUUUGAUCAACUAG